AGGAGGUACCCAGUUAGUAGUUUUUAUUCAGACCUGACACUUGGUUUUGAAUCCUUCGUGAAUUCUACUACAUUUACGCGGAUUAAAAACAAUGGAACAUUACAACUUGACAAAUCUACAGGCUGAUCUGAGAAAGUUGCUGCCGUUCGGAUUAGAGGAAGAGUCUGUAGAGAAGAUUAAAGAACUGAUGGCUAGGUAUAAAAGUCAGCCCAAAGACUGGCAAGAUAAGGAAACCUGGAGUGAUAAAAAAUACACGCGGACCCUGCUGGACAAAGGGAAUGGUCAUUAUAAUCUGAUGAUUCUGUGUUGGAACACUGGUCAGGAAAGCCCCAUACAUAACCACCCAAACUCCCACUGCUUCAUGAAGACUCUGAAGGGAGAAGUGUUCGAGGAAUUGUAUAAAAAUCCGGACAUGACGCCAUGUGAGAGCUGUUGUGGAUGCAAAAUGGAGAAAAUAGAUGACAGGGUGUACAAACUUAAUGACGUGGCCCAUAUCACUGACGCAGACGGACUUCACCGAGUUGGAAAUAAAAGUCACGUAAAUGGCGCUGUUACUUUACACCUUUAUUCCCCGCCCUUUUCCACGUGUAAGAAAUAUGAUGACGACACAGGGAAAUCUACAGAGGUUCCAAUGGGAUACGAUCAGGACUUCACUGAGCAAUGCUGCGCCCGUUCUUGUUGUUCCAAGUAAACUGAUCCGUAAUGCCUACGAAAGUGUAAUCGAGAGUAUAUCCUGUAUGUGUUUCGGUGAAGGAAGAGUGCUUUUAUUAUUUUUAUAAAAAUCUCCGGCUGUGAUUUAAAGGUUACAUUAUUUUUAAUGCGAACCAUUGUUAUUAUUUUGUACUUGCCUUUGAACAAUGUUUUAAAAUUUCCAGUAACUUUUUACCUCAGUCUUUUUUGUAAUACAUAUUUUUUUCUGCCAGAUCUAAUCUUAUUUGACAUGAAAAAUGAAUCUCGGAUAAACCAUGCUUUUGUCAUAUUGUUUAUUCAUUUCAAAAUGUGUUUUAUUAUACAUGUAUAAGAAAUAAGAUUAAGAACAAAAUAUUAUUGAUUUAAUUUUUUUUUUUUUUUACAUAAUUCCAUAAUUCACAUAUUAAUUCAAAAUUCUCAAACAAAUAUGUUUUGAACAAUUAUAUCGGUAAUGUAAAAUAUUAAGGAUGUCCUUAUAUUGAAUGAUUCCAUGUUGGUUUAUUUUGCUUUAUGUUUGCAUUUUAUAUUUUGUUAAUAAAAUUGAUGUUUGUU